GAGCGAGGGCGCGUGUACUGCUUCGACCUCCCUGUCAGCAUUUAGUGGACCGGAGGCCGGGGGUGCGGAAGGGCACGCGUUGCUAGAUUUCCCCUGCUGAGCAUCUCUCGCAAGCGGUGUCGAGGUAAGCAUGAUUUCGGAGAUGAUGCCGAUCAAGAAGGUGUUAAUGACCAUUGUGAUCUCUUCAGCUGCUCUUCUUGUGUUGCAAUCUACCCCUCCGCCUGUUACUUAUCUGGUCCCCGAGGAGUCGCCGCCUCAACCGCUUCUCCGGACCGGCCUCAGCCCUGACGAACUCUCACAAGUGAAGGAAGCGCAGGCGAAGCGGCUGGCACUGCUGGAAAGGGAAUGCAGCAGAGAAAAAGGGAGAAGGUUCGGCUUCCGCUAUCCUACGCUGGAGCAAGUGGCCAAGAGGAGCUCUGUGGUGGAGAAGUACCACGUGUCUAACUGCGUGGUCUACAAGGCAGGGUCGUCUGCCUGGAACGGCCUCCUGGCGCACGUCCUCGGGAGGAAUGACUUGAUCAGAACCGGUGAAGUGUACAAGAUGGCUGAUGUCUUGAGGCCUUCCAAGUCGAGCCUAGCGGAGGUGGCGGCGUCUCCGGACUACAUCAGGUUCGUGGUGGCGAGGGAGCCCCUGUCGCGCCUCCUGUCCGCCUAUCGCGACCGCAUCCUCGACAUCUCCCAUCCGUCGUGGCAAGCGCACCACUACGCACCGCUCAUUUUGCAACACGCGAGAGGCAUCGAGUACAGCAACGCCGACUUGUUCUACCCGAACGGCUCGGUCCGCACCAUGCCGACCUUCCUGGAGUUCGCCCGCUAUGUGGCCGACAGCGCGUCCCUGUCCCUCGAUCCGCACUGGAAACCCGUGUCGCUGCAGUGCGGCCUCUGCCUCGUCAACUACACCGUCGUCGUGCACAUGGAGUCAUUCCUAACCGACAUCCGGUACAUCCUCAGAGAGAGCGGCAUGGAGCGCGACGUGGACGCGAGCCUACUGGUGGUGAACGCGCACAAGGGGAAGGGCAAGACGGAGGACCUCCUGAUCUCCAACUACGCCACCCUUCCCCCUGAGGUCCUGAAGAAGCUCCUCCGUCUCUACUCCAAAGACUUCAGGUUUUUCGGUUACGACCCAAGGCACAUUCUUGAGAAGAUAUAUCCAGGGAGGAAAAAUGUUGUAGACAGUCUAAUGAGCGUCAUUUAAGCUAAUCUCUCCCGGAAAUAAAUCUCCUUGUGUAUCGCGUGGCAUCUUCGAAGGUGCGGUAUAUAUACAUACACGUUGUAAUGUAUGAACCAGAUAUAUUUUUCGCAUUAAUUAUUUUUUAUACCGGUAUACUUUAAACGUUAAUAAAUACAUACAUUCAUGUAAGUUUGCAUGGAUAUAUUAAAA